AAGCCCAGGUGUUCGGUUUAAGAGUUGAAUUCGAAGUGCUGCAGUUAAACACUGCUUCUCUGAGAGUGCACGUGCGCUCCCUUGGCACAACACCGGGACGGGUGGAAAAGCUAUGCGCAUGGCCUGUUUAUUUGUUUCUAUGGAAACCAGUAGCAAACUUUUUGAGAGAAAAAAAACUGGAUUGUAACCUUGACAGGAAACAAAAUACAACGAUGAGUCUCAACCAAUUUCAAAUUAUGAUUAACGAUUGCCUUAUUGACACAAAACACGUGGAAAACGCUGCAAUAUUGGUGGCAAAAAAUGGAAACGUGACCGCUGCAUCUGCCAGGUUUCAGAUUAUUCCGCAGGCCCAGAUGUUUGCAGACGCCUUCAAGGAUCUGACCGCCACGAGAGAGCGAGGAUUCUACUUCCAAGAAAAAGCGUAUACGUGUGUCCGGGCGGACCGAAGCUCCAUAUACUGCAAAUGUGGUGUGCACGGGUUGAUAUUGGUGAGGACCACACUGUACGUAAUUGUUGCCACCUACAACGGGAGCAUGUAUCCCAGCGUUUGUGUGGAAGCUGUUGAGAAACUUGCGGAAUACCUCAAAGAAAAGGGCAAAUGAUGGAGCUGAACAGCGGGCGAGCCGCGUCUACAGCCGCAGAUAAAUGAUGGACAAAGCGAAGUGACCGCCCCUUUCAUGGACUGUAACAGAGAAGAUGUCAAACUCAGGAGGCUUCUAUUCAGCGUGAUACCUGCACACCUAAAUAAUGCUCUGAUGAAUUUGAACGUUGUUGGAAAAACUUGUUUGGCUUGAUGGAUGGAACCUCUACAUUGAAUAUCCAACUGCAAGAGUCAAUCAGUCCAAUGUGCAAAUGUAUGUCAGACUAAAAUUUGCUGUGGUGGUCAGGUACUGCCGUCAAUCAGGAGUGGGU